AUGAUUCUCCUGUCCUCCAUCUUCACUAUGUUCUCCUCAUCCGUCACUAUCAUACUCUUCGGCAGAAAUCCAAAUCCAUUGAAAUAUCCAAAACGGCCAUCGUCCUCAUUCUACUACCUGUCAGAAGAUCUCGAUGUUCCCAGCUAUUUCCCAUUUCUGAUCGGACUCUCCUUAUUAUGCAUUUCCGACGUCUUAACGAUGUUAUUUUUCGUAAUAUUCAUUUUGGAAGGAGCGUGUUCUUGUAAUAUCAAAUAUCGGCAGUGGAAGGAAUUCUUGGUGUUCAUAAUGAUGUUCGCAGUAAUUACCACGUAUACAAUGGCCAAUUUUAUCGGGAAUUGGUAUGAUCUACUGGUGCAUCUCUCGUGCAGCGUGUCCAUCUCCAUUUAUAUCAUCGAUAUCCAUGUGUUAUCCUGCAAUCAAAUUAGAGUCAAAACGUCGGUUCAAAUGAGAAAUAAUACGGCGAAACCACAAGAAAAUCAUUUGUUUUUAGGAGAUUCUUUUAUUGUUUGA